UUUGAGACUGCUGAUUUGCGUUGUCUUGAAGCCAGGCUGACCAGCCGAGCGGACUAAUGCUGUGAUUUACUCCCAUCUGUUCCUUUUGUCCGGAAGCAAAGGCCAUCACUGAGCCCCCGACUUUGCAGGUACUGACUGCUGUUGGUGGAUGGGACAGUUCUAGGCGCUGACCAUCUGUUAAACUCAGUGUGACCUGCAGAGGAGGGACCUGCAGUUUUGGCAUGGCGAGCUAGAUUGGCUGCAGUGAGGCGAUUACCUCGAUGGACAGGGCUAAAGGUGAUCAUGCUGUCGGCUGCAGAGGGUGAAUGCAGCUUCUCAGUUAAGGGUGACACUGCAAACCAUCAAGAAUCAGACUUGAAAGAGUGGGAAGUGAAUAACCUGCUAUCUGAAGUUGGUAAUACGCCAAAACGGGGUCCUGCUUUAUUUUGUGUUGAGAAUAGGUGUCUGAAAACUGGUCCUACAUUCCACAGGAUGUCUGGAGAUGAGAGUGAAAGAAUGCAGAGGGCUUUGUGAUUCCUGCUGGACUAGGAGCUUUCACUAGGGAAAUGGAGAGAUUACAAGGUUGGGGAAUUGGAUCUCAGCAUGCAGUGCCCACUGUUCCUGCUUCCUAUUAGCUGGCGAUUGGCAUAGAUUCAUACCAAAUGGCACAGGAUACAAGAGUGAUGACCUUCUACAUGGAGCUGAGAACAGAUCCUCCUGGGCACUGUGCCAUCACACCUCCAGGAUCACUGUACCAUGAUGAGCCCAGCCCUGCUCAGUCUGGUGCCAAUACCCGAUCGCCAUGCUUUCUCUCACCCGUCGCGCCAUCCUGUACACAGCGACGCAGUCUGCCGCCGGAUACAAAGAUGGAUUUCCUGGGCUUUCCUGGUUGCAAGAAGGGCACAGCCUCACUCGUUCGCACACAAUCAGAAACCAAUCCCUUUCGGGAAUUUGCCCCAGCUAGCUCUGGGAGGUCCACUGCCCCGACCUCUCCGGUAUGCAUCAGGACUCACCCGUUCUGCCCAGUUACCUUGGAGAAUACUAUGGGCGGUGACACCAGAGGUAGAAGCUCAGUAGUUACUUUCAGCUACAUCGAAAAGGCCAGAGUUAAAACUGUUGUGAACCCUUUCAAUGUGUCUGUGCUUCCUCAGGGAGUGAAGCUGGCUGGCAUGGGGCAGGGAUCCUCCAUUGGAUGGAAAAGUCCCCAGACUAGUCACAAGGUAUCUCAUGGGAUAAUAUCAAUGCCAACUCCGAUGGAGAGUUUUGACACAAGGGUGAGCACAGUGUCUGUGGGAAGCUGCCGUGAGCCUUCGAAUAGCCUCAUUCCCAAUCGGAGUUUGCUCUCCUCGGUUGGGAGCGCGAGCCAAAGAUAUUCUGAUGCUGCAGCUCAAAGUCCGUGCCCUGGAGGGAAAAGACCACAGUCUGGGAAUGAACUGCGUCAAGGGUAUCCUUCAAAGCAAGUCUGCACAAAGACUCUGGACUUGGGAACAAAUCUAAUGACUGUGGCUACCCCCAAUAAAACAUCGAGUAACCACAGCAUUGCUGCCAUUCCCUGCGUGAAUCCCAUAGGAAGAGAAAUCCCAAACAGUCCCGGCCUCAAACAGGUUGAGGCUUGUAUGUUGGUCGGAGAACACUCUGAGCGUGCUCAGAGGAUUGCGAAAGCCAGACGAGAGUUCUUUUAUGGAACGUUGGAGCCACAGAUCCCAGAGGAUAAAGGUGACUCUAAAACCUGGCAGGCACCAGUGAAUCCAGACAACAACACAACCAGGGAGAUAGCAGAGAGCAAGGACCAGGGAGCCUCGGCCAAUGGAUCUCUCAAUGCAAAACUGAGCGCGCUCAGUCAAGGCUCCGCCAAGGUCAUUAAUGAUCUGAAAAGUGCACCUUUGUCGAAUGGGACUUCCACCGAUUACAAAGCAAGAGACCAACUGCGAGCGAUGAAGUACUCGGAGACUGAUCUGGAUGCUGUGCCUAUCAGACACUACCAGGAAACCAACCUAGAUGAGGUCAUGAGAGAUUACAAUAUAACCAGUUCAGACGGGCAAGAGCUUACUCACCCCAUGAAUUCAGCACUUGAUUCUGUUCAAAUGGACCAUCCCGUCCCUUCGAGAGGCUUUGGUCGAGACCAGACCACUGGGAAUCAUGAGGUGUGCAGGGAAGAUCAAUCCAAAGCUGCUGAGGAUGAUGUGUUCUCCGAACUGUCCUCUGCUGCUGACGAGAGGUCACCGGAGGUAGAGGUAAAGAAUCUGCUUCCACCGGUUGCUACAAUUCCUAUUGAACGGAGCCUGUCUGAAGAAGGCACUGACACCUUCAGCAAGCAAUUUGAAUCGAUCCUGGAGUCCCACCGUGACAAAGGCACCUCUUACACCAGCCUGGACUCCGUGGAAACCCUGCCUUCUCCCAGCAGGAACCAGGGGAAUUAUUUCACCUUUGACUUUCCAAGCCUGACUUCCGAAAUCCAGGUCCAGAUUAAAGAGAACGCCCGGCUGAUUGAGGAGGAGUGGUCAAGUGCUGAUGGCGAGUGUCGCACAAAUUCAGCCAAGGCCUCUGAUUGGCCAGACAGCCCCGGGUGCAAGGCAACCAGAGCGGAGAGGAAGCUGGGGGUCAGUCCGAUGGUGGGCUACAGUAAAUCUGAGAACACUCUCACCAGGUGCCAGCUCUAUGCGGAGGGCAACCUGCUCAAAAGAGCGCUUGAAAUCGGAGACGAUGAACCAAAGUCAGAGUAUUCCUCAAGGUGCUGCUGGUCCAUUGCAAGAGAGGGAAGAGGAAGCUCCAGGUGUGAUCCCAGCGACAGCAAUUUGAACCACUUGGUGAUGGACUCUGAGUCCGAGAUGGACAGCACUGAGCAGUUGGCGUUGGGGAGCACUGACACUUUGGCCAAUGGCAACAAGACUGACCAGGAAGCUGCCAAGCGAUUGGCCAAGCGUCUCUACUACCUGGAUGGGUUCAAGAGAUCCGAUGUGGCUCGACAUCUGGGCAAGAAUAACGACUUCAGUAAGAUGGUGGCUGAGGAAUACCUGAGGUUUUUUGACUUCACGGGGAUGAAUCUAGAUCAGGCUCUGAGAGCUUUCUUGAAGGAGUUUGCACUAAUGGGAGAGACGCAGGAGCGGGAGCGAGUGCUGAUCCACUUUUCACAUAGAUACCACCAGUGCAAUCCCAGGACCAUAUCUGCAGAGGAUGGUAUUCACACGCUAACAUGUGCGCUGAUGCUGCUUAAUACGGAUCUUCAUGGACAUAACAUUGGAAGGUUACUGAUCUGCCAGGAUCUCAUUUAACAGCAGACCAAUUUUGAUGGACUGAAUAGUGGAGAAGAAUUUCCAUUGUCACUUUUUGCAGUUCUGUACAGCUCGAUAAAGAAUGAGAAGUUACAGUGGACCAUUAAUGAGGAAGAGCUGCGGAAAUCCCUGUCCGAGCUGGUGGACGAGAGGACGGAUCCCAGCCUGAAGGCGAUGAAUAGGAUCAGCGGUGGGAGCAACCCCUUCCUGGAUAUUGUGCAAGAUCCCAACGCGGCCACGUACAAGCAUGGCUUCCUGGUGCGCAAGGUUCACGCGGAUUCUGAUGGGAAAAAAACUCCCCGAGGGAGAAGAGGCUGGAAAACCUUCUAUGCUGUGUUAAAAGGAAUGAUCCUCUAUUUACAAAAGGAUGAGUACAAGUCCGACAGACAGCUGUCAGAAGAUGACCUGAAGAAUGCUAUCAGCAUCCAUCACUCAUUGGCGGUCCGGGCAGCUGACUACAGCAAGAAACCCAAUGUCUUCUACCUGAAGACAGCCGAUUGGAGAAUAUUCCUUCUCCAAGCUCCAAACGCAGAGCUGAUGCAAUCCUGGAUCACCCGCAUAAACCUGGUGUCGGCCAUGUUUUCUGCGCCACCCUUCCCAGCAGCCAUUGGUUCCCAGAAGAGGUUCAGCCGUCCUCUGCUUCCCACCACACUGACCAGACUCUCCCUGGAGGAGCAGAUAAAGGCUCACGAUACCCGACUCAAAUCGAUGACUGUGGAUCUGACCGAGCAUCGCUCAUAUCCUCCUGACAAGAAAGUUAAAGGCAAAGAGCUGGAUGAAUACAAACAGAAGGAAGAAUACCUGGAAUUUGAGAAAAUGAGGUUCAGCACGUAUGUCUCGCUGCUGCGUGCCAAGCUGAAAUCAGGAACGGACGAUCUGGACAAGUUUGAAUCCGCCCUGUUCGACAACAUUGAGAGUGAAGGGAAUGGCUUGACAAAGUCCCACUCCAGCCCGUCCCUACACCAGGAGCCACCGGUCAUGGCCAUCCGAGUCAAACGCAACACAUCGGAGCGCCGGAGUUACCGACACUCUGCCAACACUAAGCACAAGCUAUAACCCUCUUGCUCAGUCAGGGUUUGCACUGAGACUAGCAUGUUGUACGUUCAGUUACAACUUCUGACUGUAGUGUAGUGCCAGUGGUGGCUGCUUGUGUUGGUUGGCGCAUGCGUAGUUCAGGGACUGGCUGGUGCAUCAAAUGGCUCCCUUUCCGAAAGACUGGAUUUGCAGGGAUUGAUCCAGAGGGCACCAAUACUGUUGUGGUGUGGUGGGCAGAGAGCCUGUUUACUAAUUGCAUCAUUACAGGGCAGGACCAUGGUUGCAUGUGCCAAGCAUGGCAAGCGCCACCCAAUGGCAGGUCUUGAAACAUCAUCUACUUUACUCUGAAUUUCUGGAUGGUGACUCCUGCCCCGGUUCUGGUCUUCUCUCUCGAGCACGUGAGAGGAAAGGCGUACCCAUGGCAAACAAGGAGGCCCGAGCCACGCCAAACAACUGCUGUAUUUCCACGGGACAGACGAAUAGAGCUAUAUAUACAAAUAUAUAAUAUAUUCCUUUAGGAUAAGGUGGCGUUGCCACAGGUCAGGAGUGGCAGGCAUUGGCAGACCUGGUUUGUGGUUCUGCAUCUCGUUGGGACUCGCUGGAGGGUUGCUGCUACCUCGCUGCAGGUUCCUCGAUCGUUGUCGACAAGAGGUUAAGGAGCUGGAGUUUCCCAUUGCCACAUUCCUUCAUGUGGCAUCACCGACCAUCACCGCAAUGAGUUGUGGUAGCUGCCAUGGAUAAUUUUAUUUAUGUCGUGUUUCACAUUCCUUUCCCCUUCAUCCAGCUGUUCACAUCUGCUUUCCAUCUCCUCCCACACACCCCCUCCCAUAAAUGUUAAAUAAUAAUGUGUAAAAGUCAGAGUCAAUUGAAUGUGCGUUUCAUAAAAUUCAUUCUGACAAUGAAUCAUAGGCUGUUUUUAACAACUUGUUUUAGUAUACAUGACAAUGUUACACUGUUUAUUUAGACAGCAGUAUACCGGAUCAAUCUCAUUCCUUCUCUCUUUCCUGAAACAAAAUUCAAAAUGACCCCUGUUCUCAUCAAUGGAUGCCUAGAAGGCCAAGAAACCAACAAUAAUCUAAAGACUCCAAAUGAGGGAGGCAGGUCCCAUUGUAGAGUAGAUCUAGUCUUUGUACUGUGCCCUGAAAUAUGGGAAGUGGACAAGACCCCUUGGGUGUUUUUCACCAUUCAGUGUGACCAUCUGUGACCAAACUCCAUUAGUCCACUAUUGCCUUUGACUAACCAUCUAGUGAUCCUCGUUCCCAAAUGAGCAACUGGCAUCAGAUGGAAUUUCUGAGCCUCUUCCGGUUUUAUUUCCCAGGACUUGGAAGAAAUGAGAUGUUAAACUGUAUGCCUGCUCAUACAGAGUCUGGAUCUACUCCCCAAAAGUCUUUGUGACCUUUGGUUGCUGCUGGAUUGUCAUUUUUUAAGAGUGGGUGUUUUUAUUGGACUCUUGAGUAUUGCUGCGGGAGCAGAGAAGAGAUUUCGAAAGGGUUUUCCAUUGUGGGUGAAUCAUCCAUUUGUGAGGCUGAGAAGGGCCAGGGUUUGAUAAGGACCGAGGCCGGGUGGGGUGAGAAAUGUGAUAAUAUGCUCAGGGUGGGGCUAGGGCUAUUUGGGCAGAUUGGCCUCCCUCAUCCCUGUUGGGUGAAUAAAGUGUCCCACAGAUCUGGCAGUGACCCUUCUCACUAUGGGCUGUGUUACCACUGGAAACCCUGCAGCUGUUACCCUGUUGUUCCUUUGGAAGCCUGUUAGAGAAGAGACAGAGACACUUAUGGGUUAGCCCCCAACACUGUCACUUGGCUUGUUACAGGUUACUCACUGAAACUGAAUUUCCAUAUCAUCUCAUAUACGACAGUCUUAGGCUGUGACUUUUGAGAUACCAGUAGUUACUGUACAAGCCUAAAGAUCUUGCGUAAAGUUUGCUAUUUUAGCAAAGGUGAGCCAUUGUCUUUUUUAAAAAAAGAGAUAAAUAUAUUAAUCCCUCCUUUGACGUAGAUGUUGGGGAGGAUGACUGUUGGGCGGGAGGUGGAUCAUUACACAGUGACGUGAACCUGAACCCCAGAGUAGGACUUGAAGGGUUUCAUCAUGUUUGCUAUGGACUGCUCAACCAUCUGUGAAUGAAAAGAGAUCAUGUGAAGACACAGGAAUUACGUCAAACUAAUAUCUAACUCAAUCAAAGCUGAUUUGGUUUCACGUGGUUAGUGCUUUAGUAUGGCGAUAGACGUUUCUGAUGAAGGGCUUUUGCCUGGAACAUUGAUUUUCCUGCUCCUUGGAUGCUGCCUGACCUGCUGGGCUUUUCCGGCACCACUCUAAUCUGUUCUGGUAGCAACAGUCAGGCCAAAUUUUGAUUCUAUGAAUGGCCACUUCUCCCCAGAAAUUAACUUGCAAGCCUUUCUCUAUUCCUGGCUAACAAGGGAGCUGAGCGUUUCAGGAUUGAGGUGACUAUAAUUCAGCAAGAGUUGAGAGGUCAGAGGCAUGUGUCUGUUAUGAGGUCUUGAUGGACUGGUGAGUUGGGAAAAUGGCCUUUUCAUCUCUGUGACUACACCUUUAGUCCACUGCAGAGAAAUAUUUGCUCUCUGGAUUGGUGAAUUUGGCUGCAGCAACAAUUACUAUUACUAUAGCGCCUUCAGUGCAAUAAAGCAUUCCAAGGUGCUCCCCAAGGGCAAAAAUAAAGUAAGUUUGACACUGAGCCACACAGAGAUAUUAGAUCAGAUGGUUUGGUCAAGGAGGUAGGUUUUAGGGAGGAAGAGGAGGCAGCAAAAUGGAGACAUGUAGGGACUGUACUCCAGACCUUGAGGCCUGGACACCUCAAGGCACGGCCACCAAUGGUGGAGCAACAAAACCAGGAGUUCUACACGAGAGCAGAAGUGGAGAGGUACUGAUAUUUCAGAGAAUUGUGAGACUGAAUGAGAUUACCGAGGUAUGGAGGGGUGAAGCUCGGCAGAAUUUGACACCAUGAUGUUGCUUGACCAGGAAUCACGUUAGGCUAGUGAGCACAGGGGCAAUCAGAACGAGACUUGCUUUGAGUUCAGACGUGGUCAGCAGAGCUUUAGCUGACCUGAAGUUUCAGGAGGGUAGAAUAUGGGAGACCAAUCCAGAGUGCAUUGGAAGAGUUGAGCCUGGAAAGUGGAGGUGAGGAAUGUUGGAGCAGUCAUGAUCCUAUUGAAUGCUCAAGGGGCUGAGCGGCCUUCUCCUGCUCCUGUUUCUUAUGAAAGUUACAAAAGGUGCAAAUGAAUGUUUCAGAACCUGGUGGGUUGGAGUUGAGGCAGAGUCAUGUGAUAAUAGAGGGGUUCACAGCAAUAACACAAAUAUGAAUUGGAACAAUGAGAAAAGAUUACUAGCAGCUGGAAAUGUGGAAACAAAGAAAUAACUGGGAACAACAGCUUAGCAAUGUUUGUGGCACUGAAAUUAAUCAAUGUUUCAGGUCAGUGUGGUGGAAAACACAAGGAGUUCAACAUUGAAGCACACAUUUCCACACAUGCUCAGACAAAAUGGGGAGAAUGAUCGGUAGCUUUACCACAAAUUUAUUCAGGUCACUUCCUUGAUUCACCCCUAUUUGACCAUACACUGCCGAGAUAUUCACUGUAGGAAUCUGAUGUGUUAUUCUGGGUGCUGCUACAGGGUGGGAUUACAGCAUGCUGUUGGAAAGACAGACCGAGAGUUACACUCUGAAUGUGACCCUCGCUUGCAAUGUAUGUGGUGCAGGAAGUGUGGAACCGUUUAGCACUGUAGUAGCGAGAACAAAAAUUACAUGGCUGGUUAUUAAAAAGAAUUCUAUGGAUGGUCCAGUUCCUGUAAAGCUAGUCGAUUGGUGCCCUUAACUUCUGACCUGAAAGGACACUGCUGCCAUUUUAUCUCUUCCAGAUCCAACUCAGACAAACUUAAAAACUCUUAAUAAAUGUUAAUAAUUAUUUGAAGAUGACAAUUAUUGUAAAACUCAAGGAAUACUGUUAAAUAAACAGAUGUUA